UAUAAAAAUUUUAACUUUCAUAGAAGUAAAGUUUAAUUAUUCAGACAUGUUGUGGUUUUUAUGUUUGUUUUUGCCGGCGUCUGCCCACGUGUUUGGAAAUACGCAGAACAUCACCAGAAAUGUUCCAUGCACUGAUAAAAAUCACUUAUUCUUGGCGCCGGGAGUACUGAGCGCGGGCGGAGUCAAUCGGGCCUGCAUCUCCCGUUUCCAUCCUGAAGGCCCAGCACGCAUGGUUAUCACACUGCUAGCUGAUAAUGGAGAAUCUACCACCGCAGCUAGAGAUCUUCCACCAGGUGACGGUGGUUGCCUCGACAUAUCAGUGCCGCUGCGGCCCAACACCAAAGCUGAUCUUAUUGUCAAUAUGCGGUACCCGGAGGCGGGAUGUACGUGGGAACGUAGGUUGACAGUGCGCGUGGCUGGCGCGCGCGUUCUUGUGAUCCAGGUACAACGCGCACGCCUACGCCCAGGUGAUACACUGCGCGUGCGCGCAUUCGCGCUAAAGCCAGACCUUACACCGGCACAUGGAAACAUAGACGAGAUGUGGGUGGAGGGUCCACGGGGAGCGUGGGAGGGCGUGCGCGUGGCGCAGUGGCGGCAGCUGCGCACGCGCCUCGGCCUCGCGCAGCUGCAGCACCGCCUCGACGACCACGCCCCGCCCGGCAUCUGGACCGUCAGAGCCCGACUGGCUGACGGCUCACAGGGCUCUACAUCAUUCUGGGUGGGGAACUACGAGCUGCCACCGUUCCAGCUGACUGUGAAACACUCUCCUCGCGUGCUGCGAACCAGCGAGAGACUCGUGUGGACAGUUUGCGUUAGGUACCCAUGGACGGAAGCUGUGGAGGGUAUGCUAGUGAUCAGACUGCGCGGGGCGGGAGGUGUGGGGGGAGGUGAGGGUAACGCGGGGGUGCGCACGGCGGUACGUCUGCGCGCGCCCCGCGCAUGUCACCGGCACGCUGCAGCCGCGCGCCGUGUCGGCCUCACCGGACCUAACUCUCCUGAUGUCAUUGUAGCUGACUUUAGCUUCCAGGAAGAAGGCACACGAAUCUGGCAAAACACAACCGUAGUAUCACAAGUUGUUGACAAUCCGGUCACCCUAGAAUUUCUCACGAAGCAUCGAGCAGUCGUGUCUCCUAGCUUACCGUAUAAGUUGAAGGUGAAGGCCACUCGUUGGGACGAUAAGCCCGCGUCAGGUGAGAGCGUGCGCGUGUGCCGGCGCCCCGCCCCGCGCACGCCAGGCCCCUCCCCGGCCGUCACUAACUCCGCCCCCCGCGACACUUGUGUGUCAGCUCACACGGACGGCCGCGGCAUCGCAAGGGUUAUGUUUACUCCAGAUGCCGAUGAAAGCGCUUUCUACGACUUUGAAGCGAGGCUGCAGAACGCGAGCGCUGCACUGCGGCUGUCUGUGCGCGCGGCGGCCUCGCUGGCUGCGCUGGGCCCGCUGCGAGCUGACUCCCGCGCCGCACGCACCCUCGUGCCUCUCUACCUCAACCUGAGCCCUCUCACCAAACCUCUCACUGUUCACUUUGUGGUUAUAACUCGUGGUGGUAUAAUCUACCGCUGGGGUGCGACCACUCAGUGCGCGGCGGCUCGCUCCGGCACACAGAUACAGCCAGCUGCCAGGAACAGCUCCUGCAGCAGUCCGGACCGCGUGCUGCCGCUGGACGCCGGCCUCAACAACCUGGACGCAGACUCCAACCAGCUCGAGAUGAACGCUAGCGAUGCGCUGCUGGACCGCCAUCUGCUACGAGUCAUGUUGCCAGUCAAGGUGACGCACCAGAUGUGCCCCGACAGUCAUCUCCUCGCGUACUUUUACCACAACGGGGAACUGGUCAGCGCCAGCAAACACUUCGAGAUGGACGAGUGUUUUGCUAAUAAGGUGGAAGCGAGAUGGAGCAGCCGGCAGGUGUCGCCGGGUGCGGCGGCCACGCUGCAGCUGAGCACGCCGGGGCCGGCACUGUGCGCGCUCUCCGCCCUCGACAGCGCCGCGCUCUGGCUGCAGCCCCAGCCACCGCUCAAGGACACGCUGCUUCAGGCCCUCAAGAAACUGGUCGAAGCCCAUAGGAACCUCACGGAGUACGACGCCGCGGGAGAGUGCUUCCUAGUGGAAGCGAGAUGGAGCAGCCGGCAGGUGUCGCCGGGUGCGGCGGCCACGCUGCAGCUGAGCACGCCGGGGCCGGCACUGUGCGCGCUCUCCGCCCUCGACAGCGCCGCGCUCUGGCUGCAGCCCCAGCCACCGCUCAAGGACACGCUGCUUCAGGCCCUCAAGAAACUGGUCGAAGCCCAUAGAAACCUCACGGAGUACGACGCCGCGGGAGAGUGCUUCCUAACAAGCGAUGCUGCGGAGCUACCUUCUAGCGGCUUGGAGCUGACGCGCUCGUGGCUGGCGGCUGCGGGCGUGCGCGCUCUGGGUGAAGCCCCGCCCCCACGUCGCUGCGGCUCCGCCCCUGCACCAGCUCCCCUCAUGCAGCACGACGAUAUGCAGCCCAGGACUGACUUCUCUGAGGCAUGGCUGUGGCGUCUGGUGGCGGUAGGCCUAAACGGCAGCGCGACGAGCACUGCACGUGCGCCCGACUCCAUCACCCUGUACGAGGCGGGCGCCGUCUGUCUCGCUAAGACAGGCAUCGCCAUAUCCAGCCCCGCUGUACUGCAAGUGUUCCGCGAAUUCUUCAUACAUGCUGACGCCCCCAAAACAUUGCGUCGUGGUGAUAACACUAUAAUACGCUAUCGUCUCUUCAACUACUUAUUUGAACCACUGAGCGUUCAAAUCCAAGUUUUAGCAGACCCUCACCUAGAGGGCGCUAACCGCAUCGAGACUGCGUGCGUGUCAGCGCGCGGCAGUGCGGCGCGGCGCGUCGAGGUGCGCGCACGCGUGCCCGGCGCCGCGCGGCUGCGUAUACGUGCGCAGGCAACCAGCGACAAUAAAUGUGGCUCCACCAACAGGAAUAACGUCAGUGAUGAAAUAAUAAUAGAAAUACAAGUAGAGCCUGAAGGUGUGCCGGUACAAGAACACAAGUCCACAAUGCUCUGUGCACCAGGGUCGUCUGAACCGAUGGGGUCCAAUGUGACGUGGAGUUGGGAGCAGUCCGCGGCGGUGGUGGGCACCGAGAACCUCACUGUAUGGGCUGUGUCCGACGGUAUCGGACCAUUGCUCGCCGACGCGGACGCGUUGGUGUCGCUGCCGCGUGGCUGCGGGGAGCAGAACAUGGCGCGCCUGGCGACCAACCUGCUGGCGCUGCGCGUGCUCGACCCGCGCGCACCCGCAGCACUCGCAGCCAGGGAACAUGUCGCUAGAGGCUUCACUCGCCAGCUGCAGUACUCGCACGCUGGGGGCGGGUUCAGCGCGUUCGGUCCCGCAGACCCCGCCCCCUCCACCUGGCUCACCGCCUUCUCUCUGCGAUACAUGCACUCUGCUUACCAUGUGCUAUCCCCGGGUUUGCCCGCGCCCCCCGCACUGCGGCUGGCGGAGCGCUGGUUGCUUAGUCAGCAGAUGGAAAACGGCUGCUUCCGAAACGAAGGACAGGUCUUCCACACUGAACUCAAGGGUGGCUUAGAUGAAGAUGGAGAAAUAGCCAGCGUUGCUCUUACCGCGUAUGUGAUCACAUCACUCAUAGAGGGCGCUGCAGACGUUCCUCUCAGAGUCAUUCGCAACUCACUCUCUUGUCUUCGAGCUUUCCCUCUCUCUAAAUCUAAAACUCACACGGGAGUGUACGCACACUCUCUUCUCGCAUACGCCCUCAUGCGCCUCAGGAAGUACGAGGAAGAUUUGAGGAGAACCAAUGAAGCUUACUUACGAGAAAAAGAAGUCGCCAGCGGAUUAAUGGAGGAUGAGGAGUUGAGGGAACUGGUGCUGCUGCUUAAACUGGCUAAGAGGAAUAAGGAGUACGUGUAUUGGGAAACUGGUUCGCUGGCUACAUCAAUAGAAGCGAGUGGGUACGGUCUGCUGGCGCUGCGGCGAUGCGGCGCGGCGCUGCGUGCCACCUGCGCUGCUGACGCGCGCGCUGUGCUGCGCUGGCUGGCCUCACACACCGGCCCUACCGGAGGAUUCCUCUCCACACAGGAUACACUAGUAGCAAUGGAGGCUAUAAUCGCAUGGUCGUCGCACACUCAGCCAGCCAACCUGAGUGUGUCAGUGAGCAGCGAGUCUGCCAGGUCCAGCAUCAGCGUGGUGCCGGGCAACAGGCUGCCCGCCCUCCUCAACAUGGGCACUGGUCACCAUCUCACUAUCUCUGUUGAAGGCAGUGGUUGCGGUGUGGUGCAGGCGACGCGCACCUACAACACGUUGUCCAGCAAGCAGGGCGCAUCCUCGCUGCGGCCGCUGCGGGCGCUGCGGGCGCUGGUGGCGGUGCGCACUGACGGCAUCUUCCACUGCCGCGACAACAACACCUCCUGCUUCUGCGCUGCCAUCAUAGAGGUGUGCGCGCUGUGGGGCGGCGGGUUCCCGCAGAUGGCGCUGCUGGAGGUGUGGCUGCCGGGCGGGUACGCGGCUGACGCUCGCCGCCUCUACCAGCAUCUGCAGCCCCAACACUUGCUGCUGCGUCGCAUAGAGUUGUCCAACUCCGGCGGCAAGGUGACGCUGUACCUGGGGGCACGCGAGGGUGGGGGCACGCUGCCGCACCACCACCACCACUGCUUCACUCUGCACCUCGUGGGUCCACGCACCCUCACGCGACCCGCACAUGUCAAACUCACUAACUACUACCAGCCCACAGUCAAUGAUGUACAGAUGUAUACAAUACCGGAGGAUUGUCCGUCGCGUGUCUCACACGAGACUGACACAUACCAACAUACAGAUAAUUUAUUCGCGAGUGCCAGAUCUCUCGACACCGGGGAGAUCAUUAUAAACAACGACUUUACAUUUGAAGAUUUACCUGAAGGUACACCACUUGAUGAUCCAAUGUUUGAAAAUCUAACAGAGAAAAAAGAUACGAGAAUCAAAAAAGAGAAUCCUUCAAAUAUUAAAAAUAUAAUUACAGAUAAAAACAUAACAAAACCAAAACAAAACGUAAAAGACAAUUCAAUAGAUUAUUCGACACUUUUGAAUAUUUUCCAAUCACAAAUUAAUUAUAUUAAUGGUGAAAUAAAUGAAAUUAUAAAACAUAAAUAUCAAAUUAAUAACAAAACUAUUAUUGAUAAACUAAAUCCAACUACUACAGUUAAAAAUAAUAUAACAGUUAGACCGAAAAUAGAUAAUCCUAAAUUAUCUAGUUUCCACGUGAUAGAAUCAGAUAAAGAUCUAGAAGUUCCUACAGGAGUAGAAGGUCCUGUUCCUGCUGUAGUUCUCCCGCCAAAAGAUUUUAUCUUCAAUUCUACAGGACCUGGGACAUCAGAAACUUUCUGGCGAGCGAUACAAUCACCUGCAGACAUAAACAAAAACGUUAGGGAUAAAAGAAAACUAAACCACGCCUAGUAAAUAUUUAGUAGUAUGCAAUAUAAAUGUAAAUUAACAGAUAAAAUAUUAUUUAAAAAACAAUGAGAAGGUUUCAUAUCGAUAUAAUUUUGUAUUUUUUUUUUCUAAUCGUUGGUUUCUGAGACCAAAAUCCCUGUAUAAAACAUAUCGCGUUCCAUAAUUGUCUUUGACAGAACAGAGAUUACGUUUCAUAAAGGGUUUUUGGGCUCAGAAACCAACUAUUAGAGUUAAUAAAUAAGCUUAAAAUGAGUUUUCACCGUUGUAACACUUCUAUAACAACAUUACCAUCUCUGUUAUUUUUCUCUUUUAAGGGAAUAUACAUUAUUCAAAAUAUUACAUUUGAAAGUUUGAUAUAUUUUUGUAUGUGAUUUUGUAAAUUAAUUAUUUAUCUUAACAAUAAGACUAACUUCUAUUAAAAUGGAUUUAUUUCCAACUUUAUAUUAGCUACCUAAAGUGGAUAUUUAACAUAAUUUUCAAAACUACGUACAAAAACAUCGUGAACUAAACAAUAAAAUUAAUAUUCAUAAUGUUAGUCUAAAUUUAUCUGUCUGGAAUGCGUCUUGAUAGACGUUUCUAGAACUCCGGGGAAGUGGACAAAAUUAUCACAUCUCCGCCAUUCUUAAAUUAACUUUAAAUUAGUAUUAAAUAUAUCGUAAGUAAUUAUUUAUUAAUAUUGUAAGACUGAAUAAUAUGACAAAUGCCAAUUAUUUGUUGCCAAUAAAAAAAAAUGUGUCACGAA